AUGGGGCGCUGGGUCCCCAGCCACUGCCCCCCGCCUGGGCCGUACCUGCUCCUGCCACUACUGCUGCUGGUGGUGCCUAGCUGGGCCCAGCCACAGGCCGGCGGGAACCGUACGGAACUCCCAGAACUUAAUGCCAUGGAAACCCCUGGGACCCCCAUGACCCCGGUCCCUUCUGUGGCCUCCCUGACAUCGGUGACACCCGUGACCCCAGCAACAAGCACCUCUGAGGCCGUGGUGGAGCGACCCCGUGGUGAGGGGCUUGUCCCCACUCCCAGGGUGGCUUCCUCAAGCAACACCGAGGGCCGAGUGCUCACAGAGGACGGGCGGCCGUGCAGCUUCCCCUUUCGCUUUGGUGGCCGCAUGCACCAGGCCUGCACCUCCGAGGGGAGCGCCUACAGGAAGUGGUGCGCCACGACUCACAACUACGACCGGGACCGGGCCUGGGGCUACUGCGCCCCCACGGCCACCACGCCUCCAGGGAUCCCAGGCACGCUGGACCCCUGCGCCUCUGGCCCCUGCCUCAAUGGGGGCUCCUGCUCCAGUGCCCAGAACCCCACGUCCUACCUCUGCUCCUGCCCCGUGGCCUUCACGGGCAAGGACUGUGGCCAGGAGAAGUGCUUUGACGAGACGCGCUAUGAGUACCUGGAGGCAGGCGAGCGCUGGGCCCGCGUUCACCAAGGCCGGGUGGAGCAGUGUGGCUGCAUGGGGGGCCGUGCCCAGUGCAAGGAUACUCAGCACACAGCUUGCCUGAGCAACCCUUGCCUGAACGGGGGCACCUGCCACCUGAUCGUGGCCACCGGGACCACGGUCUGCGCCUGCCCCCCGGGGCACGCUGGCCGGCUCUGCAACAUCGUACCCGCCCAGCGCUGCUUCGUGGGUAACGGCACGCAGUACCGUGGCGUGGCCAGCAUGGCGGCCUCGGGCCUCGCCUGCCUGGCCUGGAACUCCGACCUGCUCUACCAGGAGCUGCACGUGGAUUCCGUGGGUGCUGCUGCGCUGCUCGGCCUGGGCCCCCACGCCUACUGCCGGAACCCAGACAACGAUGAGAAGCCAUGGUGCUACGUGGUGAAGGACCACACGCUCUCCUGGGAGUACUGCCGCCUGGCGGCCUGCGGGUCCCUGGCCAGAAAUCAGCCCCCUCUCACCCCCGGAGUCCUGGUGACCCUGCCUGAGCUAGCGAUGAGCGGGCGCCGGACCUGCGGCAGGAGGCACAAGAAAAGGACCUUCUUGAGGCCUCGCAUCAUCGGGGGCUCAGCCUCCCUGCCCGGCUCCCACCCCUGGCUGGCCGCCCUCUACAUCGGGGACAGCUUCUGUGCUGGCAGCCUCAUCCACACCUGCUGGGUGGUGUCUGCCGCCCACUGCUUCUCCAACAGCCCCCCCAGGGAGAGUGUCUUGGUGGUGCUGGGCCAGCACUUCUUCAACCUCACGACGGACGUGACGCAGAAGUUUGGCAUCGAGAAGUACAUCCUGUAUCCCCGGUACUCUGUGUUCAACCCCAACAACCACGACCUGGUCCUGGUCCGGCUGAAGAAGAAGGGGGACCGCUGUGCUGUCCGCUCCCAGUUUGUCCAGCCCAUCUGCCUGCCAGAGCCUGGCAGCCCCUUCCCUGCCGGACACAAGUGCCAGAUCGCGGGCUGGGGCCACAUGGGCGAGGACCUGAGUGGCUACUCCAGCUCUCUGCGGGAGGCCCUGGUUCCACUCAUCGCUGACCAUAAGUGCAGCAGCCCCGAAGUGUACGGCGCCGAUAUCAGUCCCAACAUGCUCUGCGCUGGCUACUUCGACUGUAAGGCUGAUGCCUGCCAGGGGGACUCGGGGGGCCCCCUGGCCUGUGAGAAGAAUGGUGUGGCUUACCUGUAUGGCAUCAUCAGCUGGGGCGAUGGCUGCGGGCGGCUCAACAAGCCGGGUGUCUACACCCGUGUGGCCAACUACGUGGACUGGAUCAAUGACCGCAUAUGGCCACCUAAGCGGCCUACGGCUCCCUCCUGA